UCGCUCUGUUGUUGUCGCGACUAGCGAAACAAAAACAAUUAGCUGAGAAGUGCAAGUCAAUUGAGAGAGCCAUCGUAAUUGUAUUUAUUAAAUUUAAGCGUUUAGAUUAGUGUGAAUACUCAGCGGGGCGACAGAAUGCAAAGUGUUCUCAACACUGUCAAAGGCACGGCGCUCAAUGUGGCCGAAUAUCUAACGCCCGUUUUAAAGGAAUCAAAAUUCCGUGAAACUGGUGUUCUUACUCCCGAGGAAUUUGUGGCCGCCGGAGAUCAUCUGGUUCACCAUUGUCCAACCUGGCAGUGGGCCGCCGGUGACGAAACCAAGACAAAACCCUAUCUACCAAAGGAUAAGCAAUUCCUGAUAACGCGCAAUGUUCCGUGUUAUCGUCGCUGCAAGCAAAUGGAGUAUGUCGGCGAGGAGACCCUGGUGGAGGAGGAGUCCGGCGACGGCGGAUGGGUGGAGACCCAUCAACUCAAUGAUGACGGUACCACCCAGCUGGAGGACAAGAUCUGUGAACUAACAAUGGAGGAAACAAAGGAUGAAAUGCACACUCCAGAUAGUGACAAAUCAGCCCCCGGAGUUGGAGCCGAGGCCGAAGACGAGGACGAUGACGAGGCCAUUGACAUGGAUGAUUUCGAGGAGAGCGGCAUGCUGGAGCUGGUCGAUCCGGCGGUUGCGACUACAACGCGCAAGCCGGAGACGGAAACAAAGGCCAGCGGCCCAGUGGCUACAACUUCGGGUGAGGCGGAGGCCAGUGGGGACUCAGUACUCCACACACGCACCUACGACCUGCACAUCAGCUAUGACAAGUACUAUCAGACGCCCCGCCUCUGGGUGGUGGGAUAUGAUGAGCAACGAAAGCCACUGACGGUGGAACAGAUGUACGAAGAUGUCUCGCAAGAUCAUGCAAAGAAAACGGUCACCAUGGAAUCACAUCCUCAUCUUCCUGGUCCUAAUAUGGCCUCUGUGCACCCCUGCCGGCAUGCGGAUAUUAUGAAGAAGAUUAUCCAGACAGUGGAGGAAGGAGGCGGUCAGCUGGGAGUGCAUUUAUACUUGAUCAUUUUCCUUAAGUUUGUUCAAACCGUCAUACCAACCAUCGAGUAUGAUUUUACGCAAAACUUCAACAUGUCUUAAGAGCCGCCAUGCUUUUCGAUAUUGACGCAAUAAAAAAUAUAACUCAUAAAAUAAGAGUUUGUGAACAAAUAAUCGAAUAAAUAUUUGGGCAAACAUUAGCAAAAACAUA